UGAAAUCGCCCUAAGAGGAAGAAGGAAAUCAGCUUAACGUAUAGAGGAGAAGAAAGAAUGAACUGGCAUGAGCAAGGAAACACGAAGGCGGCCAUGGAAGAGCUGAUAAGGGGGCAGGAGCAGGCAACUCGCCUGCAAUCCAUGCUGAAAGACAUGCUGCCACCGGAGUACCCAUCCGGCCCGGCCGCCGACUUGCUCAUCGAGGUCUUGAGCUCCUUCUCCAAGGCACUGUCUCUACUGGACCUGGGAAGUUCAGCUGAGGCAAACCCCCCUUCUUCUAAUGGUGGCGUGAGGAGGAAGAUGCAGUCUCCUCGGAGAGUUAGUUGCAGAGGAAGACAACAUCCAUAUACAUGUAGAACGACAUUCUUGAAGACCAUUGAGGAUGGCUUUACAUGGAGAAAGUAUGGACAGAAGAAUAUAUAUGGUGCCAAGCAUCCAAGAAGCUACUACAGAUGCAUCCACAAGCAUGGCCAAGGCUGCCAGGCCACAAGGCAAGUGCAGCGGACCGAGAAGGACGACUCCACCUUCGCCAUCACCUACAUGGGAGAUCACACAUGCACCGACGCCACCACGCCGCGCGAUCAACCCACACAUCACGACAUCACUUCCGGAUCGAACACCGCCGCGGCCAACGAUCGCCGGGCGACUCCUCCCUCGUCCGCCCUUGGGAAUCCGAAGCAGGAGUGCGAGGAGGAAGUGAUAAGCAACCACUCACCGAGCACUCCUUCCUCCUCGCAGCUUCUCAAGCUACCGGCGCUGUCAGCGCUUGAAGGCUCGUCUCCUCCAAUGGCGCAGCUCAUGGAAGCUGUUUCGGAGCAGUACUGUAGCUUGGAGAUGGAGUUCGAUCCUUCCGAAUUCAAGCUGGAAGACAUGUUUGAACUGAGCCAUGAUGAGUACAACUGUUAGGGGGAAGAGUAGCAGAAUUCUUGUAUCUUAUCAGAUUUCGACCAUGCUUAUGUACAGUGAAUCUUUGUAUUCUU